AUGGGUAUUGACGAAAACACAUACGUAUACGUUCUAAAGACCCCCGAACUCCCCGAACUCCUCGAGCCUCUCGAACCUAUCGAACCCCGAACCCGUCGAACUCCUCUCCUCGAACCCCGAACUCCUCGAACCUCUCGAAUACCAAACUCUUCGAACCUGUCGAACCCUCGAACCCCGAACCCCGAGCCCCUCCAACCUCUCAAACCCUCGAUAUCCUCUCUCCGAAACCCUUCCCACGAGAUUAUCACCAAUGCCCCCCUUACGACCGCCCGAAUCAACAAUGCCCUAGCCGAGAGGCGAAACCCGCUUCCAGGGAGUUCCAGUCUUUGCAAAAGCAAAACCAUGGGCUCUUCCACGACUCUCUCUGGGAAUACCAAGGUUCCAAGAGCUACUGGAUCAUGCAAAGCGUUAGCCCCGACUCGCCUUGUUGCUUCAGCUGCCACUGAGUGA